AUGUCUAAAUCGUUAGGCAAUGUUAUUUUGGCAAAGCAUUUUUACGAAAAAUAUGGUGCUAAUGUCUUUCGUUACUUAAUCUUAAAUACUCACUAUAACCAAGUAAUUAAUCUCAGUGAAGAAUUAAUUCAGCAAGCCACUGAUUAUACUCAAAAAAUUAAAAAUUUACUCAAAAAACUGAAUUUUUACUUAUACACUGAGCAGAUAAAAAUUACAGAGCAAGAAGCACCGAAAGGGGAAGAAAUAAUUACUAGGUUUAAAUUUGCUUUACCAACUUAUAAUUUAGAGGUCAAAUUACUAAUUAAAAACUGGCAAGAUUUAAGGAGCAAAGGAAAUUACAAACAAGCUGACCAAAUUAGAAAGCAACUGCAAGCACUGGAUAUUUUAUAA